AUGAUAUAAUAGAUUAAAUAAUAUAAAAACUUAGAAGAAGUUUUAAACUCUUCACUUUAGUCUUAUUAGGAUCUCCAUAUAAAUUUGAGAUACUAAGAACUUGGUGAUUAAGGUACUUCAAGUUUAGGUUCUGCUUUAGCAAAUUGCACUAAUCUCUCAAAUUUGAUACUUGAACUUCACGGAAAUGAAAUUGGUGAUUAAGGUACUUCAGACUUAUGUUCUGCUUUAUCAAAUUGCAUUAAUCUCUCAAAUUUGACACUUGAUCUUGGUGAUAAUGAAAUUAGUGAUUAAGGUACUUUACUCUUAGGUUCAGCUUUAAUAAAUUGCACUAAGCUAUCUAAUUUGAAUCUAAAUCUUAGUUACAAUAAAAUUAGUGAAUAAGGUACUUCAGGCUUAGGUUCUGCUUUAGCAAGUUGCACUAAUCUCUUAAAUUUGGCACUUUAUCUUCAUGGAAAUAAAUUUGGUGAUUAAGGUACUUUAGGCUUAGGUUCUGCUUUAGCUAAUUGCACUAAUCUCUAAAGUUUGACACUUGAUCUUCAUGAUAAUUAAAUUGGUGAUUAAGGUAUUUUAGGCUUAGGAUCUGUUUUUGAAAAUUACACUAAUCUCUCAAAUUUGGCAUUGUAUCUUAGUGAAAAUUAAAUUGGUGAUUAAUGUACUUUAAGCUUAGGUUCUGGUUUGGCAAAUUGCACUAAUCUCUCAAAUUUGACACUUGAUCUUAGUCAAAAUAAUAUUGGUGAUUAAGGUACUUCAGGCUUAGGUUCUGCCUUAGCAAAGUGUAAUAAUCUCUCAUAUUUGAAACUUUAGCUUGGUUACAAUAAUAUUGGUGAAAAUGGAGCAUCAGACUUAGUUUCUGCUUUAGCAAAUUGCACUAAUCUCUCAAAUUUGUUACUUCUUCUUAGUUAUAAUUAAAUCGGUGCAAGUGGAGCAUCAGGCUUAGGUUCUGCUUUAGUAAAUUGCGCAAAUCUCUCAUAUUUGAAACUUUAUCUUGAUGGAAAUUAAAUUGGUGAUUAAGGUACUUCAAACUUAGGUUCUGCUUUAGCAAAUUGUGCUAAACUUUCAAAAUUGAGACUUUAUCUUGGUUACACUGAAAUGAGUGCAAAUGGUGCAUCAGGCUUAGGUUCUGCUUUAGCAAACUGCAAUAAUCUCUUAACUUUGAAACUUUAUCUUGGUAAAAGUAAAAUUGGGGCAAGUGGUGCAUCGAAUUUAGGUUCUGCUUUAGCAAAUUGCAUUAAUCUCUCAAGUUUGACACUUGAUCUUCGUAAAAAUAAAAUUGGUGAUUAAGGUACUUCAGGCUUAGGUUCUGCUUUAGCAAAUUGCAUUAAUCUUUCAAAUUUGAUACUUUAUCUUAGUACUAAUUAAAUUGGUGAUUAAGGUACUUUAAGCUUAGGUUCUGCUUUGGCAAAUUGCACUAAUCUCUCAAAUUUGAAACUUGAUCUUCGUUCUAAUUAAAUUGGUGAUUAAGGUAUUACAGGUUUAUGUUAUGCUUUAGCAAAUUUCACUAAUCUCUCAAGUUUGACACUUGAUCUCAGUAACAAUUAAUUGGGUGAUUAAGUUACUUCAGGCUUAGGAAAUGUUUUAGCAAAAUGCACUAAUCUAUCAAAUUUAACACUUCAUCUUAGUGGAAAUAUUGGCAAUUAAGAUAUUUCAGGCUUAGGAAUUGCUUUAACAAAUUGCACUAAUCUCUCAAAUUUGACACUUUAUCUUUGUGGAAAUUAAAUUGGUGAUUAAGAUAUUUCAGGCUUAGGAAUUGCUUUAACAAAUUGCACUAAUCUCUCAAAUUUGACACUUUAUCUUUGUGCAAAUGAAAUUGGUGAUUAAGGUACUUUAGGCUUAGGAACUGCUUUAGCAAAUCGCACUAAUCUCUUAAAUUUGACACUAGAUCUUAGUGGAAAUUUAAUUGGUAAUUAAGGUACUUCAGGCUUAGGUUCUUCUUUAGCAAAUUGCAUAAAUCUUACAAAUUUGAUACUUUAUCUUAAUUAAAAUUAAAUUGGUGAUUAAGGUACUUCAGGUUUAGGAACUGCUUUAGAAAACUGCACUAAUCUCUCAAAUUUGUCGCUUGAACUUAGUUACAAUUAAAUUGGCGAUUAAGGUACUUUAGACUUAAGUUCUGCUUUAUCGAAUUGCACUAAUCUCUAAAAUUUGACACUUAAUCUUAGUGGAAAUUAAAUUGGAGAUUAAGGUACUUUAGGCUUAAGUUCUGCUUUAUCAAAUUGCACUAAUCUCUAAAAUUUGACACUUGAUCUUAGCAGAAAUUAAAUUGGUGAUUAAAGUACUUCAGGCUUAGGUUCCGCUUUAACAAAUUUCACUAAUCUCUCAAAUUUGACACUUGAUCUUGGGCUUAAUUAAAUUGGUGAUUAAGGCAUUUCAGCCUUAGGUUCUGAUUUAUCAAAUUGCACUAAUCUCUCAAAUUUGAAGCUUUUUCUUAGUGCAAAUUAAAUUGGUGAUUAAGGUACUUCAGGCUUAGGCUCUGCUUUAGCAAAAUGCACUAAUAUCUUAAAUUUAACACUUGAUAUUCGUCAAAAUUAAGUUGGUGAUUAAGGUACUUCAGGUUUAGGAACUGCUUUUGCAAAUUACACUAAUCUCUCAAAUUUGAUGCUUGAUCUUAGUGGAAAUUAAAUUGGUUAUUAGGGUAUUUCAGACUUAGGUUCUGCUUUAGUAAAUUGCACUAAUCUCUCAAAUUUGACACUUUAUCUCGGAAACUAAAUCAACGAAUAAUAAUAAUAAUUGAAGCUAAAAAACAAAUAUCUGAAAUCAAAAAGAUUUGUUGUCUUUAAAAUAUAUUGCUGGUGA